AGGGGACAAUUCAUCUUUUUCGAAAACCGCAGAGAUCUUUGUUUGGCAAGUUACUACAGGAAUUCAGACUUGUAGCAGCUGACCGACGAUCUUGGAAGAUCUUGCUCUUUGGUACAAUAAAUUUAGUAUGUACUGGUUUCCUGCUAAUGUGGUGUAGUUCCACUAACAGUAUAGCUUUAACUGCCUAUACAUACCUGACAAUUUUUGAUCUUUUUAGUUUAAUGACAUGUCUAAUAAGUUAUUGGGUAAUGAUGAGGAAACCUAGUCCUGUCUACUCAUUUGGAUUUGAAAGAUUAGAAGUCCUGGCUGUGUUUGCCUCCACAGUGUUGGCACAGCUGGGAGCCCUCUUUAUACUGAAAGAAAGUGUCGAACGCUUUUUGGAGCAGCCUGAGAUACACACGGGAAGAUUAUUAGUUGGUACAUUUGUGGCUCUUUCUUUCAACCUGUUUACAAUGCUUUCUAUUCGGAAUAAACCUUUUGCUUAUGUCUCUGAAGCUGCUAGUACAAGUUGGCUUCAAGAGCAUGUUGCAGAUCUUAGCCGAAGUGUGUGUGGAAUUAUUCCAGGACUUAGCAGUAUCUUUCUUCCACGAAUGAAUCCAUUUGUUUUGAUUGAUCUUGCAGGAGCAUUUGCUCUUUGUAUUACAUAUAUGCUAAUUGAAAUCAACAAUUACUUUGCUGUUGACACAGCCUCAGCUAUUGCCAUUGCUCUGAUGACAUUUGGCACUAUGUAUCCCAUGAGUGUGUACAGCGGGAAGGUGUUGCUCCAGACAACACCACCUCAUGUUAUUGGCCAAUUGGAUAAACUUAUUAGAGAGGUGUCUACCUUGGAUGGAGUUUUGGAAGUUCGAAAUGAGCAUUUUUGGACUCUGGGUUUUGGGUCAUUGGCUGGAUCAGUGCAUGUAAGAAUUCGACGGGAUGCAAAUGAACAAAUGGUUCUGGCUCAUGUGACCAACAGGCUGUACACGCUGGUGUCUACUCUGACAGUUCAGAUUUUCAAGGAUGAUUGGAACAGGCCUCCCUUAUUGUCUGGGCCUGUUGCAGCCAAUGUCCUAAACUUUUCAGAUCAUCAUAUAAUAUCAAUGCCUUCUUUAAAGGGUGCUAAUGAUUUGACUCCUGCCACAUCGACUCCAGCUAAACCUAGUAGUCCACCUCCAGAAUUUUCAUUUAACACCCCUGGGAAAAAUAUGAACCCAGUUAUUCUUUUAAACACACAAACAAGACCUUAUGGUUUGGGUCUUAACCAUGGAUACAUGCCUUACAAUAGCAUGCUUAACCAAGGACUUGCAAUUCCAGGAAUUGGAGAAACCCAAGGAUUCAGGACUGGUUCUAUAAAUAUGCCAAGUAGAUAUGGAACGAACAAUAGAGCCGGACAGCCAAGACCUUAAUGAACUUCACUUUACUUUAUUUUUAUGAGAACUUUUGGCUCCUUGAGCUUUGAUUUCUUGUUGUUCAAUGUUGCAUUGACUAUUCAUUUACUCUAAAUGUUAGAGAAUACUCAUCUUGUUCGUAUUUCAUGAAGCCUGUGAAAUGAUAUUUUUGUAAAAUGGAUUUGAGAUAAUGAGAUCCUUCAAAACCUCAUGGGCUUUAAAUGGACUUGCUUUAGAAAGUCUUUUUCUCUAAAUUUGAAUUUUGCUAUUUGAAGUAUUGUAGUUGACUGCUAAUGUGGACAUUAGCUUUUUAAGAGAACUACCUGAGAGAGUGGUUCCUGCAGUGCAAUUAAUAA